GUCUCUCUGGGGUGCCGCUCCGGGGGGGCAGUGCAGGAGCUGCUGUAGGAACAGCGCGUUUCCUCGUGAAAAUGCCUGUAAGAUGGACACAAUAACUUCCUCAGGGAGAAACACAGGAGGGGUCAGUGUCCGAAGAACAGAAUCACACGAUGUUCUGGACAUCAUCAGCCUCUUCAGCACUGCUACAGAAGGUGUCUUUGGAAGGGUUGAUGUCAUGUUCCUUUUAGAAAAAUCAAAUCUUGCUUUGACCCUCUGCAAUGAGAAGAAUGAGGUUAUAGCCCAUGCUGCCUUUCUGGACUAUCCAAAUUGGAAUAUCACUGAUCAGGCUAACUGGGAACCAUUCCUGCAUAAAAACUACACUAACCAUAAGUGCACUCCCUUGAACACACUGUUCAUGCAUCUCUUUGUGGCAAAGGAAGGACAUGCAGCUGGCAGUUCCCGGGAAACUGUGAGGAGAGCUUUCAUCUUACUACCAGAACUGCAGUUUAUACUUCUCUUCAUACCAGCUGAGGAAAAUUUAGAGCCAGGCCUGAGGGGUGUCUUUGCAGUGAUGCCGCCUGCUGUAGGGUCAGCCGUGGGUAAGAAGUUCACCCUGCUCGUGUGCCCCCGGCACCGCUGUCACCCACGGCUGCACGUGCGCCAGGCCAGGCUGGAAGAUUAUGAUGAUCUCAUGCCAAUCUGGACACCCCAAAGUAAGACUCUGAAAAAAACCUUUGGUGAACAUCUCCUUGUUGAUCUCAUGGAACAUCAAGAUGAAGAAAAUAAGGCAGCUGUUUGUGAGGUUGAUGGCACUGCAGUAGGAUUCAUGAGCUUAUGUUCUCAAGUGAAUGUUUCCUUGUUUCAAGAGUGUUUUGACUUAGGACCUUUCCAUGGACUCUGUAAACAACAUGCUGAAGAUGUUCUCCAAGUGCCACGGAAGCCAAGUGUUCAAGAAGGUGAAGAUGAAAGCAACCAAACAAAUCAAAAACCAGCGCCUGUUUCACGUGGGGACUUGGAACGUGUUCCUGGUCCAGAUGCAGCUGUGCAGGAAGACGAGGCCACCGCUGUUUCCCAGGCUGAGCUGCCAUUGGAUGAUGGCAGCACCAGAGCUUUGAAAGCCUCAGAGACACGUCCCUUUGAAACUGAGGAGGAAGGAGCUUUGCGUCCAGUGUACAGAGGAGCUUCCAAUGCCUUCUGUAUCCGUCUGUUAUGUAUUGAUGAGGCCUAUGAAACCAGGUCACUGGAUUUUUUGCAUUAUGCUUUUGAGGUUUUCCCAGACAGAGACUUCUGUGUCAUCCUGGUGCCCCAUCAUGUGCUGGAGUUCCCCCUGCUGCAGAGUUUUGCUCGAGCUGUCCCUUUCUGUACGUCCAGCCUGGGCCGUGAGCUGUACGUGUUGCACCGUGCGGGAUUGCUCACGUCAUUUAAUGUAAGAAGGGCAACAACCAAUGACCUGCUUGGUGUCAAAACACUUGUUGAAACCCUUAGCUUGAGUGAAAGGAUAUGGAAUGACUGCAAGAUAUUCACUCAGGCUCGCAGGGAUCCUGAUGGGAUGCCAGUACAGGCUUUUGUAGCAGAAGUUUUGGAUCAAAUUGUCGGUGUUUCUGUCAUUAGGGAUGAAAUGGACAUCGAGUAUGUUCGAUCACGUUACAACAUUGAAGAUUUUAUUCAUUUUAAUUGCCACCAGCAAGAAGAACAUGGACAUCUUUGCCACUUUGUCUUAAAUCCUGUAUUUCAUCGCUAUACAAAACACUUUCUAAAGGAGAUUCUUCGCUUGGCACACAAAUCUGCUCUUUACUAUCCUGUUUAUCCACAGUAUGUGGAAGGCAAGCUCCAGAGCCCCUGUGCCCAUUCCCUGACAUCUGCCCUUCAUUACAUGGCUCCCGUGCGGCCCAGACGACAGAUUGUCUAUCCUCUGCAAGAGCUUGGCAUGAACGCUCCGUCAGAGCAGCUCUCCAAGGAUCAGUUGAGUUUUUCUUUGAACCUCACAAAUCGAAAACUGGUGCUGGAAUCUAAAGUGUCUAUCAACACUAGAAUUGUGGUGGUUGGUGCAUCCGAUGUUGGAAUCUCUUUUUUGGAAACACUGAUUUUUUGGCCUCGUCUGAAGUUCAACAACCUGACCUUGAUUUCAGUUCAUGGCCUUCCAGGAAAAGAUCCACCAGGCUCCAAGCGUAGAAGAUUUUUAAUUAACAGCCACUGUUUUAAUGAUGAAGAUUAUGCACAGAUGUCACUUUGUUCCUGGGUUAACGUUGUAGUUGGUAAAAUGACUGGCAUAAAUCGUGCUGCCAAAUACGUAGUUGUUUCCGAGGAGAAGAAAGUACCAUACGACUACCUAGUGCUGUGCACGGGGCAGAACUACCAGGCCCUGGCUCCCACUGGAGCAGAUAUCAAACUCCUAACUGACAGCCAAGUCAUGAGUGAGUGGCCACAGAGAUACCUGGGGAAAAUCCCUUCCAAUCACUUCACUCUCAACGAUGACCAGGAUUGCUUGCGGGCAGCGCACUGGCUGCAGGAAAACCUGGUCAGCUCCAGAGGGAACGUCAUUGUCUAUGGGAAUACAAUUGACAUUUACACCACAGUAGAAACCCUCUUAUCUCUUGGAAUUGAUGGUUCUCGCAUCCACCUCGUGCAGCCCCCGCUCAGCUCGGAUGUUCCCUGUCUCCACGACGCCGAGGUGGAGGGCACUGUCCGGGAGGCCCUGGCACAGGCUGGCGUGGCCCUGCACGGGGACAGUGUCCUGGCACAGUGGGGCGAGGGCAGCGACCCGGAGCUGAUCACCUGGGCUGCCUUCACCACUGCCACAACCCCGCUGAAGCUGCAGUGCUCAGCAUUUUUUAGCUUUGCCUACAGGGCAGUGGAUUAUGAAACCUUUAAGGCAGUCAAUGAUGCUUGCCUUGUUUUUGAUGGAAAGCUUGUGAUUGAUGCCGAAUUCUGCACCAAUGAUGUCAGCAUCAGGGCUGCAGGUCCUCUAACAAAGUUCUCCAGGAGAUACUGUAAAGAUGAAUGGACACACAGCAACUUCAACUCCAGAGAGAUUGGCUUUGAGCUUGCUGCCUCCAUGCUGAGUCUCUUUGAUCCAACCCUUCAGCCCCAUUCUGAGCCACCAGAAGGCCCAGACAGACUCAUCCCCAUGUACAAAGGAUGUAAAGUUAAAGGAGGUGUUCUUCCCGGAGGUUAUAACUACUUACACGUUUCCAAACCAGCAGUUCCCACCCUCUUGGACACAGAACUUGCCCAGUGUGACCACGGGACGGAGAUAAUAACUGGAGAGGCAGGACAGGGGAACUACUUCAGGAUGCACUUCAGCAGGUACAAGAUGGUGGAUGGCAUCACCUGCUUUUCCAAGGAACCCUUCCCUGUCUCCAACUACCUGUGCUUGUACGGACAGCACGAGCGGCUGCUGAACGACCUGUUCUACCGCUGGAGGGCCGGGCAGAUCACAGACCUGUACAGCUACUUCAGGGAACCUUGGUCCAUGGCCAUCUAUCACGAUCGGUUUAUUGAUCUCCAGAAGGAGCUGCGCCAAAUCCUGAUGUCAGAACAGGUAAGAAAAACGACCGCCGAGUGCAUUUUAUUAUUUAGGCAAUUUGUUAGUGUUGUUCACUUCGGUUUCUUCUCCCAUCUUUCUCCUGAAGCUUUAUGUUUCUGUUUAGCUCUCUCCUCUGGGAAGCCUGAGCAGACCGUGUACCUCACGGAGGGGGGUCACCAAGUACAGCACAUGGUUCAGUUUUGUUGUUUGGGCAUAUUCUCAAAUCUGCCAGUAGAACUUGAAGUUGCUUUGUUUUCCUUCACAGCACUUUUGCAUUAUACCUGCAAUUUAGUACAACUACACAGCAGAAUGUGGAGGCUGGCUUGUCUAGCUGUCCCCUUGGGUUCAGUAGUGUUCCCUAACAGGAACUCACUACAGCCCAUCCUACACCCGCUUCAGCUGAGCCCGUGGGUAGGUUUUUCGUUGUAA